GGAACUGUGCCACAUCAUGACGCAAAUGAAAUUGAAGUAUCAAGUAUUGAGAAAAAAACCUUACUAGGAAACUCAAGAAAAUAAUUACUUUUUUUCUUACGGCGGACACGCGCCAGUGAACAUCGUACGUGCGCGCUUCCGCAAAGCAGUGACAAAGAUGGCGGCCCCCGCCGGAUCAGUGGUAGUUCCCCGCAGCUUUCGGCUGCUGGAGGAACUGGAGGAAGGCCAGAAGGGAGGUGGUGAUGGUACAGUGAGCUGGGGCCUCACAAAUGCCGACGACAUGACGCUAACUCACUGGAAUGGCAUGAUCAUCGGCCCCGCCAAGACUGUCUAUGAUGGCAGGAUAUACAGUCUGAAAAUUGAAUGUGGUGCCAGAUACCCAGAGCAUCCCCCUCUUGUCCGCUUUGUGAACAAGAUCAAUCUGUCCGGCGUACACAGUUCAAACGGUGUGGUGGACAUAAAGGCGGUGGGAGCGCUGUCCAGGUGGAAAAACUCGUACAACAUCCGGAUGGUGCUGCAGGAGCUUAGACAGCACAUGAUGAUGAAAGAGAACAACAGGCUCUCCCAGCCGCCUGAAGACCAGGUGUACAGCAACUGAGGCCCCUGCUGCUGUCCCCUCCCUAUCAUCCCCGCACACACACACACACAGACACAGACAGGCAUACACGCAAACACCCACAUACAUAAAAUCCUAAACACUUAACACUGACUCUACCACUUUAAAACUACACACCCAUCAUGUAAUCCAAGACUCUCGACUCCCACUUCCUUCCUUGGGAGCCUACCAUUGGACAGAGGGAGGGAUGUGCAGGUGAACCUGACCUCCCCACCCAGUGCCCAGUCAUCCAUUAAAGCUCACGUUGCAGACCAGACAUUAUGAAACAAGAAUACUGUACAUCUUAACUAAUGUUAUUUUUUAUUAUCUUUAUUAUCUACAUCCGGAUUGUAAAAUAACAAGUGACCUGAUUGAGUGUACCAAUUCUGUGUGUGUGCACUAGAUUCUUCACAAGAGUUGACAGUCCCCGUUCUGGUAUUGUGGUGAGGGGUUUUAAUCAGCUCAAUAUACUUCUGUAACCCCGACUGAAAUGUUAAAAUGUUCAGAUCUUCUGUGUGGAAAAUAGAACCUCAACAUCUUCCAGUAUGUUGAAACUGAGGAGAAAGGUACCCCGAACAAUGCUUUGCUUGUUCUCUCUGGCCACCUGAGUCUCAAAUUCCCCAGCUUCCACAAUCCCAACGAUGUGAAUUUGACGGGCCUUCCUUAAACAAGUGCAUGUCCGGCACAUGAAAAGAAACUGCUACUAGACAUUCAGUGACAUAUGUAUCAACGGGGCACUACUGGCUCAUCACUCAUGUUUUCAGACUUGUCUUCUGUGUGCCAUAUGGUUCAUAGCGCUUUGUGAUAGUGAUUGAUUAUUAGCAGCCAGUGGGAGGGGGGGUAGGGAGGGGGAUGGGGGCUACAGGUCCUUGUGCUUUCUCUCUUCAGAGAACAUAGUUUGUGUGCUUGGCACCUUUUCAGGAUCACCACUGUACUGUGGCCUGUGCAGAGCAGGAGGAGCUGUGAUUUUUUUGUUUGCUGUUUUUGGGUCCUUGUUUUGGUUCUUUAGUCUCUGGGCUGACCUGUGCAUACUCCACGGAUUCGUCUCUGCUCUCAUACAGUGAAUGCCCACUUAACGCAAUGUACGGCUUUGGAUGUUUAUUUUAUAACGGGUUGAAUCUAAUCAGGGUGAUGGUGACCUGUUGCAUGGUUUUAUUUGAAUUAAACGUUAUUACUUUUGCA